AUGGAACAAAACAGAGUCAUGAAAAACUCUGCUAAAACAUCUGUGCCUCAGUUUGGAGGGUGGGACCAAAAGUCUACCGGAGCUACCGAUUACUCAAUGGUGUUUACUCAAGCUCGUGCGAACAAAAAGCAGCAGAAAAUCGACCUGACUGAAGUCAAGCGUGGCAGCAUCGGGAAUGAGGUAGACCUCACUAAAACUAAUCAUGGACAUGCUCAUCCUGCUCAAGGUCAUCAUGGUCAUCAUGGACAUAGUCAUCCUCAUCAUGGUCGUCAUGCUCAUCUGGUUCAUGCUCAACCUGCUCAUGCUCAUCCGGUUCAUGCUCAACCUGCUCAUGCUCAACCGCAUGCCCAAGUUUGCACUCCUUCUCAAGAAGAUUCUGUAGUCAUGGGGAAAAGAAGGUUUCUGACCUACAUAAAUUGCUGUAUUAGGCCUUGA